AAGCAUUUGUAGCAGCAUUGUUUAGAUGUUUCGGAGUUUAUUUGUUUUGGAGUGUUGUGCGUUCGUAAAACAACAACAAAACAAAGAACCAUCCAAGGCAAGGUCAAGCGUGUAACGUACUUAAGUCGCGGCAGAGAGGUGCUUCCGUUUAGUCUUUGGUUUUUGGUGGCCUUGUUAAUUACGAGCGAUGCGAUCGGUUAUCGCAUUCUUAUCAUUGGUGGCAUGGAUGCAAACAGCAUCCUCACAGCAAGUGCCUCCUGUUAAACUGGAAGCUUUCGCUCCAAAAGGAUUCCGCGCUUCAAUUCCAGAUGCUCCUGGUAUUGAACUCUUCGGUUUCCAUGGAAAGAAGAACGCACCGAUCGGUAUGUCGGAGGAAGGAGAGUUCAGCAUGGAUAUCUUAAAGCCAGUAAACAACUUCUGGGUGUUUAAUGAUCCCGAACUUACCCUACAAGUCGGCGACGAAAUCCACUAUUGGGUUUUCGUGCAGCAUCGCAAAUUGGGAUACAGAAAAGAUAACCAGAAAUGGAUUGUCCCUGAAUUGUUAUCACAAUCGGAAUUGCACUGUUCGACAUCGACUACAACCGUGAAUGGAAACAACAUGAUUUGCAAAGAAACCAUCAUUUUUGAAGACUACUUUCAAAAUUUGGAUGAGUCCCAAUGGGUGAUCGAGAGUUACAUUCCAAACAGCGGACCUAAUUUCGAAUUCAAUUCUUACGAAAACUCGAGGAAUACCAUCAAAGUUGUUAACCAAAAAUUGCGCAUCACUCCAGUAGCCAAAGAGUCAGAAUCAGAGUUGAGAGGCGUCUUGGAUUUAACAGCCGGAUGCACGAGUAAAUUUCCAAAGGAUUGUUACCAUAAGCAGGAAGCGGCGUACUUUUUGCCUCCAGUUAAAUCAGGAAAGAUUCGUUCGAAAAUCAGCUUCAAGUAUGGAAGGAUCGAUGUGAGAGCGAAACUUCCGAGCGGGGAUUGGUUAUUCCCAGAUAUCAGUCUGGUGCCUAUUGACCGAUCGAGUCAUGAUGUCAAGAUCAUCGUCGCAUAUUCCAGAGGAAACGAACAUUUGACCGGAAACGAUGGCAUCGAUAUCGGUGGAAACCUUUUGUUCUCAGGACCCAUCGUUUCCGCUUCGGAGCCGACGAGAAGUCUGCAUUUGAGGAGCAAGAGACACGAUAGGCCUUUUAACAGCGAAGUCCAUACGUAUUCUAUAAUCUGGAAGCCAGAUAAAAUCAUCUCUUUGAUUGAUAACGUGGAAUUUGGAAAGGUCACUAUCAUCGACGAGAUUAACGACAUGGAACACAGGGAAGCGUUGAACAAAGAGUUUUAUUUAACAAUUGGUGUGGGAGUUGGAGGUAACAACGAUUUCCCGGAUUACUACAAGUCCGGAUCAAACGUGAAGCCUUGGAUAAACAGGGACAGGAGGUCGGUGAAGACGUUCUUCGAUGCAAGGAACCUUUGGCUUCAAACGUGGAGAGGAGACAACGUGGAUUUGAUCGUCGAAUUUAUGUAUCAGUUGAAGAAAAUGGUUGACGGAGAGAAGAUGUUGCUGCGACUCUGUGUUAUCAGUGCUGUUAUCAUGGCCACGGUUCAGUUCGAAGUACCAACAGCAUUAGUGGAACCUCUUUCGCCUAAGGGUUUUAGAGUUUCAAUUCCUGAUGAAGAAGGAAUCUCGCUAUUCGCUUUCCAUGGAAAAAUCAAUGAGGAGAUGAACGGCAGAGAGGGUGGAACAUUUUCAAGGGACAUAACGAAAGCAAAAAACGGGAGAUGGACUUUCGUAGAUAAAACAACGAAAUUGAAGCCAGGAGACACAAUUUAUUAUUGGACUUAUGUGGAUUACUUCGAUGGCAGAAAUAAACUGGGUUAUCCCAACGAUGAUCAAAUGUUCACUGUAACCGAAUUAAUUUCGGAAUCUGCAACACCUAAGCCCGUUGAUCCGAAUCAAGGAAAUUCGAACUGCCCCUAUUCUCCGACGACAGUGAAUGGAAAAACCUCUUGUUCCGGAAAGGCCAUAUUCCAAGAAAAUUUCGAAAAUAAUAGGUUGGAAAAUUGGAAACCGGAAAUACGCUUCGCCGGACAACCAGAUUUUGAAUACGUUCUAUACAAUGCUGACUACUUUGAGAUAAAGCAAAAUAAGUUAAUCAUUAAACCGCAAUUGUCCGACGAGCUAUUUGGACUGGGCUUUGUCAGUUUGCCUCGUGGAUUAGAUUUGGGUACAAAGUGUACCGGGAAUAUAGGAACAUUGGACUGCGUUCAGAAGCCGCAAGCGUUCAUAAUUUUACCACCAGUAAUAUCAUCAAUGAUUACAACGAAGAAUCAUUUCAGUUUCAAGUACGGUAUUAUCGAAGUCAGAGCAAAGCUGCCAAAGGGCGAUUGGUUAUAUCCAGAGCUGUUUUUGAAUCCGAAGGGUUACGAGUACGGUAGUGGUUAUGAAUCUGGUCAGAUCCGAAUUGCGUUCUUGCCUGGAAACCAACGCAUGUCUAAUAAACUGUACGGAGGAUGCAUUUUAGGAAGCAGCCUAGCUGCUAGAAAUUACGCCAUGAAAUCUCUUGAGAAGAACAUCAACUGGGCAGAUGAUUUCCAUGUGUUCCGUGUCAGAUGGGAGCCAGCUAAAAUCAGUCUUUUUGUGGACGACGAAAUGUAUGGCGUUAUAAUUCCUCCCGAUGGCGGUUUUGCAAGUAAAGAACACGAUCUUGAUUUAUUAGGAGCUAAAAGAUGGAGUGAGUCUGGAGAUGUUAUGGCGCCGUUUAAUAAAGAGAUGUACAUAACGAUUGGAGUUGGAGCCGGUGGUCACUCUUUCCCGGACAACGCGAAUAAACCAUGGAUCAACAACGAUGGUAAAGGACAGAAGAUAUUCUACAGGAAUCGCGACAAAUGGCACUCAACUUGGGGUGCAGACAGUGCAUUAGAAGUAGAUUAUGUAAAUGUUCACGCUCUUAUACAUCUGUGUGCAUCACAAUUCAGUUGCAAUACAGUCAUGAAAGCGAUCGUGAGUGUUUUGUUGCUAAUCGCGGUCGUCCGUGGAAAAGAUUGCGAAAUAUCCAAAACAACGGUGGGCGGAUCAUUAAAACCGCAAAAUAUAUGUUCCGGAGAUUUGAUAUUCAGCGAUGAAUUCGAUAAGUUUGAUUUAAAAACGUGGCAACAUGAGAACACACUGGCAGGUGGAGGUAAUUGGGAAUUUCAAUGGUACACUAAUAACAGAUCAAACAGUUAUGUUUCUGAUGGAAAACUGUAUAUUAAACCAACUUUGACUUCGGACCAUUUGGGGGAGAAAGCUUUGACUUCGCAAACUUUGGACAUCAACGGCGGCGCUAUUGCUGAUAAAUGUACAAAUCCUGCGUUUUACGGUUGUUCAAGAACAGGUAAUCCAGAUAAUAUCUUGAACCCGGUGAAAAGCGCGAGAAUAAGAACCAUGAACUCGUUUCAUUACAAGUACGGUAGAUUGGAAGUCAAGGCCAAGUUGCCGAUGGGCGAAUGGCUUUGGCCGGCGAUUUGGUUGAUGCCAAGGAACAAUGCUUAUGGUUUUUGGCCGUCAUCCGGAGAAAUCGAUAUUGUCGAAGGACGCGGAAACAAAGAUCUUAUUCAAAACGGUAACAACAUUGGAAUUGAACAGAUGUCAUCCACGUUGCACUGGUGUCCAAACUAUUGUCCCAGCAAUAAGUUCAACACACAUUGGGAGAAGAACAGGAAGAAUGGAUUCAAUGAUUGGCACGUCUACGAAUUCAUAUGGACGCCCGAUGCAAUGACAUUCAUAGUCGAUGGCGAACAGUAUGGAAGCGUUGCUCCGCCAGAAGGAGGAUUUUGGGAGUUGGCCAAUGCGACUUCAGGCAAUCCGUGGAGGGGAAGUACAAAAAUGGCGCCUUUCGAUGAAGAAUUUUAUAUCAUCAUUAAUUUGGCUGUUGGCGGUAUCAGUUACUUUCCAGAUGACGCGACUAGCCCGAAGGGUAAACCUUGGGAAAAUAAUUCACCAAUUGCGAUGAAAAAAUUCUGGGAUAAGCGCGGAGAUUGGCUUCCAACAUGGCAUUUAGAUAGCGGAGAUGACGCAGCUUUGCAAGUGGAUUAUAUAAGAGUGUAUGCUUUAUAA